GAGGAGAAUGACAUGGCGCACGUGCCACGCGUGUACAUGAAGACGUUGCACGACCGGGUGAUGAAACCGGAGCAGCAAGACGCCAUGGUUAAACGGUGGCCACCGAGCCAAACUUACGAAUUGGAUACCGACCAUUCUCCUUUCUUCUCUAAUCCUUUUGUUCUCUUCGGUUUACUCAUCAAAGCUGCCGUUUCUAUGGGUUCUAUCUAA